GAGGCGCGUCAUCGCCCGCGGGGCCGAGUGGCGGAAGCCAAGGGGGCGGUCUCACGCCAGCCUGCUUUACGGCGUGGCGCUCAGCUCUUGUCCACGAGGCCCGGCGGCGGCAGCGGCAACGCGGGAGGAACGGCGGAUCGGCGCCUGGAACUCUAUUUUAAGAACCUCUCAAAAAGAAAACAAGUCAUGGAGAAGAAGGAGAAUAACCGAAAGCUUCGGGUCUGUGUUGCUACUUGCAACCGUGCUGAUUAUUCUAAACUCGCCCCAAUCAUGUUUGGCAUUAAAAUGGAACCUGAGUUCUUUGAACUUGACGUGGUGGUACUUGGCUCUCACCUGAUAGAUGACUAUGGAAACACAUAUCGCAUGAUUGAACAAGAUGACUUUGACAUUAACACCAGACUACACACAAUUGUCAGAGGGGAAGAUGAGGCAGCCAUGGUGGAGUCAGUGGGCCUGGCCCUUGUGAAGCUACCAGAUGUUCUUAACCGCCUGAAGCCUGAUAUCAUGAUUGUUCAUGGAGACAGGUUUGAUGCCCUGGCUCUGGCUACGUCUGCUGCCUUGAUGAACAUCCGAAUCCUUCACAUUGAAGGGGGGGAAGUCAGUGGGACCAUUGACGACUCUAUCAGACACGCUAUAACGAAACUGGCUCAUUAUCAUGUGUGCUGCACCCGAAGUGCAGAGCAACACCUGAUAUCCAUGUGUGAGGACCAUGAUCGCAUCUUGUUGGCAGGCUGCCCUUCCUAUGACAAACUUCUCUCCGCCAAGAACAAAGACUACAUGAGCAUCAUUCGGAUGUGGUUAGGUGAUGAUGUAAAAUCUAAAGAUUACAUUGUUGCACUACAGCACCCUGUGACCACGGACAUUAAGCAUUCCCUAAAAAUGUUUGAACUAACAUUGGAUGCACUUAUCUCAUUUAACAAGCGGACCCUAGUUCUGUUUCCAAAUAUUGAUGCAGGGAGCAAAGAAAUGGUUCGAGUGAUGCGGAAGAAGGGCAUUGAGCAUCAUCCCAAUUUUCGUGCAGUUAAACAUGUCCCAUUUGACCAGUUUAUACAGCUGGUUGCCCAUGCUGGUUGUAUGAUUGGGAACAGCAGCUGUGGGGUACGAGAGGUUGGAGCUUUUGGAACACCUGUGAUCAACCUAGGAACACGUCAGAUUGGAAGAGAAACAGGGGAGAAUGUCCUUCAUGUCCGGGAUGCUGAUACCCAAGACAAAAUAUUGCAAGCGCUGCACCUUCAGUUUGGUAAACAGUACCCUUGUUCAAAGAUAUAUGGGGAUGGAAAUGCUGUUCCGAGGAUUUUGAAGUUUCUCAAAUCUAUCGAUCUUCAAGAGCCACUACAAAAGAAAUUCUGUUUUCCUCCUGUGAAGGAUAACAUCUCCCAAGAUAUUGACCAUAUUCUUGAAACUCUAAGUGCCUUGGCUGUUGAUCUUGGUGGGACGAACCUCCGAGUUGCAAUAGUCAGCAUGAAGGGUGAAAUAGUUAAGAAGUAUACUCAGUUCAAUCCUAAAACCUAUGAAGAGAGGAUUAAUUUAAUCCUACAGAUGUGUGUAGAAGCUGCAGCAGAAGCUGUAAAACUGAACUGCAGAAUUUUGGGAGUAGGCAUUUCCACAGGUGGCCGUGUAAAUCCUCGGGAAGGAAUUGUGCUGCAUUCAACCAAACUGAUUCAAGAGUGGAACUCUGUGGAUCUCAGGACCCCCCUGUCUGACACUUUGCAUCUCCCCGUAUGGGUAGACAAUGAUGGCAACUGUGCUGCCCUUGCAGAAAGGAAAUUUGGCCAAGGAAAGGGCCUUGAAAACUUUGUGACACUUAUCACAGGCACAGGAAUUGGCGGGGGGAUCAUCCAUCAGCAUGAACUGAUCCAUGGCAGCUCCUUCUGCGCUGCAGAGCUUGGCCACAUUGUGGUGUCCCUGGAUGGGCCUGACUGUUCCUGUGGAAGCCAUGGGUGUAUUGAAGCAUAUGCCUCUGGAAUGGCCUUGCAGAGGGAAGCAAAAAAGCUACAUGAUGAAGACCAGCUCUUGGUGGAAGGGAUGUCAGUGCCAAAAGACGAAGCUGUGGGCGCACUCCAUCUCAUCCAAGCUGCGAAACUUGGCAAUGCAAAGGCCCAGAGCAUCUUGAGAACAGCUGGAACAGCGUUGGGUCUUGCGGUUGUGAACAUCCUCCACACUAUGAAUCCUUCCCUUGUGAUCCUCUCUGGAGUCCUAGCCAGUCACUAUAUCCACACUGUCAAAGACGUCAUCCGCCAGCAAGCCUUGUCCUCGGUUCAGGACGUGGACGUGGUGGUUUCGGAUUUGGUGGAACCCGCCCUGCUCGGCGCGGCCAGCAUGGUUCUGGACUACACGACUCGCAGGAUCUACUAGUCCUCCGAAGAGUGGACGUGGACCGAGAUUCAAGAGCUCCUUGGCAGAAUCAGGUUGUCUUCUAGAUGAGCAUUUCUUAAAAGGCAAAUUUGGUAUUUCAAUUUAUUUGGCAGGCGACUUUGGCAGAGUUUUUGCUUUUAGUCUCUUCCAGAGUCACUUUUCCCAACCCGUUUUUGUAGAUGCUGCUCCUUGUGCGGUCAUUUCAGCUCAAACCUUGUCACAAUCUUCUGUGCCAAAAGGAGCUACAGUAGUAGCCGAGGAAGCCUUAGGACUCUGCUUACUAGAUGUACCACUUAGACCUGCAGGCCUUGCUUGGGGUGUGACCUUGAUACUGGAGUUUGGAUUAUUAAUCCUUCCUCCUCUGACCCUAAGUUCAGAACACAGAAAGGGAUCCAGUCAGGGAACAGAAGGAAAUCUCACCAUGAAGGGCUUAAGUAAAACCUUUUUAAAGCAGUUUUAUUGAGGUAUUUUUUAAAGUGCACAACUUGGUUGAGUUUUGACAUAUAUAUAUACCUAUGAAACCAUGGCCACGAUCAGGACAUCAGGUGUAUGUAUCUCUCACCCCCAAACAUUACUUGUUGAAAGAUGUUAUUUGCUAUUACUCUCUCAGAAUCUUGAGCAACUUUAGAUCAGGGAUCUGAAUUACAGUGGCCUUAGUGACCUUGUCCUUAUCUUCUUAAGGCCAGCUGAGGAGCCACUAGGACUUACAGCCUCUGAAAGAUUAACCAUCCCAGAAGGAUCCUUGCUACUGACAAGCAGACACCUCUCCCUUCAAUAGCUUUUCAUACUAUGUUGAAUAUGACCCUGGAGUGUUGAUUAAGGCAGUGUUUGUUGUGUGUCAUACCUAGAGCCCACAUCUGUGAAAUCUGGAUUCUGGCUAAAUAAGAUUCCACGCUCGAAUUGGUGUCAAGAUAACAAAGGCCAAGGUUCUUGCUAUUAAUUUCAACCUGGAAGAAAUACUGAUAGCCACCAUUUAUUAAGUGCCUACUGUGUGCCAGGCUCUGAACUUGGUGCUUCAUAUGCAUUAUUCUAAAUUCUCACAACCAGUAAGGUAGGUGUUUUAAUUCCCAUUUUAUAGAACCCCAAACUAAGUCAAGUGGUGUGCCUAAAGCCGCGUGGCUAAUGAGUCUUAAAGACAGGGUUUGACCCGGGUCCCUCUGUGUUUUUUCUGCUAAGCCACACAAACCUCUCUUCAUAUCAAAAACUUCCAAAGUGCAAAUAUAUUCUAAUUUAUUCCAGGCUACCAAGAGCUUUCACAAGAAUAUCUUAUUAGCAAAUGAAUCGACUCAUCCUUGACACUAUCUCUCAGUGGUGAAUUUAAUAAAAUAUUCCUGUAUGCUGUGGUAAUUUUGCCAGUACAGUAUUUGGUCUAGUGACAGGUUUUUAUGGGUACUUUUAGAUGACCUUAAAAAGGACAUGCAUAUGUUUUUCAGAUUGUUUAUUAUUUUAGGAAAACCUGAAGGUUUCUACAGCAUUAUUUCUGUGUUCACAUAUAAAAUGAAGGAAUCAAGUUUGCAUUUGAAUUACUUCCUUCCUGGUGGGUUAAUGUGAAAAGCUAGGUUGGCUGAUUCUUAGAACUCUGUCAGCUCUGAAAUAAUCUCCAGGUCCUGGUUGAUUCCUGGGAAGGAAGCUAGUUGGCUUGGCCAUCAGUGUCUGGGGCGGGUCGGUAUACCGUGAAGGGGCAUCAGCUGUUCUUUGAUAAAACCUACAACCACUGCAUACACCAGACAGCUGCACUGCUACCAAGUUUCAUACCAAAUAUUUGGAAGGAUGGUAUUGAAUCUAAAACCAAAUCUUAGUUUUUAUUAAAUUCAUGGAAAGGCUAAUAUAUUCCAACAUAAUUAUUACAUAUAGCUAAAUGAUCACAUCUUAAUUUAUUUUAAUGUAAAUAUUUUUAUUUUACUGUUCUGAGCCAAAUUCUAAAAAAAUAAAUGUAUUUCCUUGUGGAAAUCCUGCCAUUUCUGUAUUUUGUUUUGUUCUUAAUUAGCUCAUUAGCUAAAAGCAUUCCCCUUCCCAAAAGAGAUUUGUUGUGCUCCUUACUUUCUGAAGGUCAUAUAACUUCUUUAAGGCAUUUAAUAUUGAUUUAACAACCACCCCACCAAAAAACUUUGUUAAUAGAAAGCAUUGUUAUAUAACUUUAAAAUAUAUAUUGCAAAAUGAUCACCACACUGUCUAGCUAAUAUCGUCACAAUACAUAGUUAAGAGUGUUUUUCCCUUGUUAAGAUCUACUUUCAUAGCAACUUUCAAAUAUGCCAUAUAGUAUUAUCAACUAUAGUCGCCAUGCUGUACAUUACAUCCCCAUGACUUAUAACUGGAAGUUUGUACCUUUUGACCCUCUUCACCCACUCCCCACCUCCCAACCCCCCACCUGUGGCAACCACCAAUCUGUUCUCUCUGAGCUUGGUUUUGUUUUUUUUAACAUUCUACAUAUAAGUGAGAUCAUACGGUAUUUGUCUUUCUCAGUCUGAUUUAUUUCACUUAGCAUAAUGCCCUCAAGGUCUAGCCAUGUUUCACAAAUGGCAAGAUUUCAUUUUUUUUCUAAUGGCUGAAUACUAUUCUGUCAUAUAUAUUUACACAUUUUAUUUAUCCAUUCAUCCACUGAUGGACACUUAGGUUGUUUCCAUUACCUUGGCUAUGUAAAUAAUGCUGCAUGUAAGAGUGCAUAUAUCUUUUUGAGUUAAUGUUUGUGUUUUCUUCAGAUAAAUACCCAGAACUGGAAUUGCUGGCUCAUAUGGGAAUUUCAUUAUAAUUUUUUGAGGAACCUCCAUUCUGUUUUCCAUAGUGGCUGCACCAGUUUACAUUCCCACCAGCAGUGCACAAGGGUUCCCUUUCUCCACCUCCUCUCCAACACUUAUUUGUCUUUUUGAUAACAGCUAUUCUAAGAAAUGUGAGGUGGUAUCUCAUUGUGGUUUUGAUUUUCAUUUUCCCUGGUGAUUAGUGAUGUUGAGCACCUUUUCAUUUACCCAUUGGCCAGCUGUUUGGCUUCUUUGGAUAAAUGUCUAUUCAAAUCCUCUUAUUUUUAAAUUGGAUUGUUUUUAUGCUAUUGAGUUGUAUGAAUUCUUCACAUAUUUUGGAUAUGAACCCUUCACUGUAUGUAUGAUUUGCAAAUAUUUUCUCCCUUUUAGUAGGCUGUCUUUUCGUUUUGUCGAUGGUUUCUUUUGCUGUGCAGAAGCUUUUUAGUUUGAUGUAGUCCCAGUUAUUUUUGCUCUUGUUGCCUUUGCUUUUGGCAUCAAAUCCAAAAAAAUCAUCACAAGACUGAUGUCAGGGAGCUUAUACUGCCUGUGUCUUCUAGGAUUUUUAUGGUUUCAGGCCUUAUAGUCAAGUCUUUAAUCCAUUUUGAGUUUAUUAAUUUUUCCAAUCCAUGAGCUUGGGGUCUGUCUUUAGUUUCUUUCAUCGGUGUCUGAUACUUUUCAGUGUACAGUUUUUUCACCUCCUUGGUUAUACUUAUUCCUAGGUGUUCUAUUCUUUUUGAUGUAAUUGUAAACGGGACUGUUUUCUUCUCUUUCUGAUAGUUCGUUAUUAGUGUACAGAAAUGCAACAAAUUUCUGUAUACUAAUUUUGUAUCUUACAACGUAAUUCAUUUAUUAGUAGUUAUUAGUAACGGGUUUUUGGUGGAGUCUUUAGGGUUUUUUAUAUAUAAAAUCAUGUAUUCUGCAAAUAGUGACAGUUUUAUUUCUUCCUUUCCAACGUGGAUGCCUUUUAUUUUCUUGCCUAAGCGCUCUGGCUAGUACUUCCAAUACUAUGUUGAAUCCAUUUAAAAUUUGACAUAAAAAUCAAAGUGGUCCCAAGAAAGAGGUUUGAAACUAAAUACUGAGCACUCACUGAGUUUCUGAACCAACUCCUUCCUUUUUAUGAAGCCCCAUGUGAGUAAUGUAGGCAUUAGAAACAAUCCAAAGCUACUACUGCCACCUCAAAACUUAAGAGGCUUACACGGUAAUCAUUUUCUCUCAUGGUUUUUGUGGGUCAGGAAUUUUGGAAAGGCUUUACCUGGCAAUUCCGACUCAGGGCAUCAGAUGCACGUGCAGUUAGACAGUGGCUGGAGCUGGAAUAGGAGGUUGGAAUAGGGCUGGCCAUGCAUCUCUCUUUGCUUGUAGUUUCCAGGUCUCUCCACGUUGGUUGAUUUGGGCUUCCUCAUAGCAUGGUGGCUUCAGGAUUGUAGAACUUUUUACAUGGUGGCUCAAGGACUACCAGCUUGUGUGUUCCAACAAACCAGCCGUAAGCUGUGUUGCCUUUUACAACCUAGCCUUGGAUGCAUAUAGCAUUACUUUUGUCAUAUUAUCCAGUCACCUCUUGAUUUCGAGAAAGUCAGACUUUACUGACGUCUGAUUAACGGCCACAUCCACCCUCAAGAAGCCCAUCCUGUGUGGAAGGCAAGACAAGUCCAAAUGACACCAAGACAAUAUCAAAAGGUAAGCUGUUGCACGUAGAGGGCCAUGGGAGCUCAGGGGAAAGGAAAGGCAUUACGGAGGUGGCCUUUCAGCUAGUUCUUAAACCAGAUUUCAACAUUUUCAAGGGCAUUAAGCAAGGCCCAGGAGCAACUAAUGGUUGGUGAACAACAGCAAGUGAUUGCUUGAUUGCAAGCAGAGGUGGCUAAAGGGGAGGAAUAGCAAAGAGGCCAGAAAUGCGGGCCAGAUCAAGGAAUGCCCAACUAAGACGCUUGGAGAGGGGAAGGUAGGCAGAAAAGUAAAUGUUCCUCUCCCUUCCAGACAUAAUUACCAUAGGAGAGAUGGUGGACUUUCCUUCUCGGCAAUGGCAAGACCUACCCCUGCUCCACCUCCUGAAUGUGGCAUUACAUCAAUCUCCAACUUGGACUAGUAUCAGUUCUUGCAACAGAAAAAUGUGAAACUGCAGAAACACCUAAUUCACGGACCAGUUUAAUUCGAUUCUACUGGAAUGCGAGGCCAAAUGUUUGACUUCCCUCAGGAAGGCAACAUGAGUUAAGAAAAUAGCACUUCAUGGAAUAUUCCCAAAGGGCCCAAUUUGAUAACUGAAAAAGAAAAUGAUAUUUUUCCAGACACCAAAGUGUAUGCUCCUCCAUGGAGAAGACAACUUUGCUAAACUUUGGGGAAAGAGAAAAGAUAAAGCUGGGUUCUGCAUCAUGAAAAAGACUCCAGUAGUACUAAUACCUGCUAAGUCUUGCCUCUAAGUCUACUCAGAAGAGAUGCUCAAAUAAGAACAAGCAAGGACCAAGGCUGUCUGCACCAUGAAUACCUAUCUUCAUCUUUCUAAAGCUGCACUAUCCAGUACAGUGGCUACUAGCCUCAUGUGGCCAUUUAAAUUUAUUAAAAUUAAAUAAAAUUUAAAACUCAGUUUCUCAGACAUAAUAGCCACAUACAGUUAGUGGCUACCAUACAGAACAGCACAGAUAUAGAACAUUUCCAUCAUCAAAGAAACUACUAUUGGAUACUGCUGUAAAGGUUAAACGUAAGUGUGCCCUCUGUUCUGAAAGCCACAGAAACUGGGCUGGAGAGACACUAAUUGGCUGUAUUAUCUGGGUCAAUUCCUUUCCUAUUUCUAGGUGUCCUUUCCUAUUUCUACACCAUCUAAGUCAUGUUUUCACUAGUUCAGCGAUUCUCAAGAAGGAAUAAUAAUGCUGACACUGUGGUAACAUAGAAGCAUGUUGCUAUUUCUAGUUGUACAAUAAAAUAUUUAGGCAUGAUGUAUGUGGUGGUG